AUGGGCGCGUUGCCAGAACCGCCGCCGGGGCUCGACCUCAACGAGACCAAGGUCCCAUCCCUUGUCUCCGCGUUUGUUGUCACCUGGGUCUUGGGGCUAGCAAUUGUUGGUCUCCGUAUCACAGCACGGAGGCUCUCCAGGAACGAACUCUGGUGGGAUGACUGGCUCAUUAUCGUUUCGUUGGUGUUUUCCGGUGGUUUCAUGUUCGAUGUGACAUGCUACAUGGCUGCUCGAGGUGGCUUCGGCAAACACGUCUGGGCUGCACCACAUUAUGGACUCAAAGCGUACUUUCUGGGGUUAUUUGCUGCAGAGUACCUCUACACGAUGAGCAUCGUCCUGGUUAAGUGGUCAGUACUUGCGUUUUACUGGCGUAUUUUCAGCGCUGCCAGUAUAACAAGGUGGUGUAUCUGGAUCAGUACCGCUAUUGUUUCUGCCUGGGGAAUUGCUGUGAUUGACCAGCAGCUCCAGGUUCUCGUUAGCACCUUUCAAUGCUGGCCGGUGUCGGCCUUUUGGCGUCGAUUCGAUCCCCACGAGAAUCUUUCCUCGUCGGCUUACAAAUGCACCGUUGACGUCCGGCUGUUCUUUAUUGCAAACGCAAUACCAAACAUCAUCACCGAUCUGUUAAUUCUUCUUAUCCCUCUUCCAGGCAUUUGUCGUCUGCAAUUGCGUAGGCCACAGAAGCUGGCUCUUCUGGGCGUCUUUGCGAUUGGUCUGUUUAUCACGGCAGUAUCUUCUAUACGACUGUACUACGUGGUUGCACUCGACUUUUCCAGCAUAGAUGUCACUUGGCUAUUCAGCGAAGAGAUGAUGUGGACUGGCAUUGAGGUCAACGUGGCCACCAUCUGCGCUUGCCUUCCCUCCUUGAAACCCAUACUGAGUCUUGCUGUAUACGGCACCGCUCAACAUAGCUCAGAACGAAACACGUCUGGUAGCUAUCCAGUGAUCGUAACCUUCGGUGGCACCGGAGAGCCUCGCAAACUGGAUGAGCGUCUGAAGCUGAAUCCAUCCAAUAACGGCAUCUCAACCGUAUACGUUACCUCUGAGGCCCAGCAGCAUGAGGAUACCCACCCAUUGUCAGCAUUGACGGACAACGACUCUGUCUCUCUGACUGAGUGCGGAAGCCGGGAUGUCGAGAUGGAUCGGAUUGAUGAUAUAGGCGAGAGAAGAUGGGCGAGAGCAAAUUAUACUAGCCAGACACCAAACCAGGUCAUGGUGACUAAGACUGUUGGUGUUCACGUCGGAUAUACCCAGGAAUAA